AUGGCGCGGCACCAAGAACCCAAAACUCCAAAUACUAACUCGACUAUUAGAAAGAAGACCCUCAAUGUCGAUUCGCCAUCUUUUAUGCCGGCAACAUUGCCAGUACCAAACAAAACCUCAGCAAUAUCUUCUCAAGCUGCCAACGCUGCUCCUUUCACCCCUCGAGGGCUCUCAAGCGGCACCGUCACUCCUAAUCCUCAAAGUGAACACCCACCUGCCGGCUUCAAUCCAGCCCAAAUAAGAGAAUUUACACCUCAAAACUAUGACGUGUCUGAACCAGUUCUUCCCACAGAUGGAUCUGGAUCAGAGUCCCAUGUCGCUUACGAUCCAUUCCAGAUGCCCGGCGUAGCACAAACGCUACCUACGACGCCGCAGUAUAACCCUUACAUUGAUGAGAGUGCCAACAUGGCAAGCAAUGGGGCCGCAUAUUUCCAAACAUCCAGUGCAUUUGCUGCCCCUACUCAGCCUCUCCAAUAUCAUCUAUAUGCUCCAAUUGGUCCUCACAGAGAAGAUCUGCUGGCUUAUCAAAAGCACGCACAUGAUUUCUUCAUGCCAGAAGCGCUGCGAGAAGAUUUGCAAAAGAAGGCCGAAGCAACUUUGCAGGUCAUGCCGAACUCGCAACUCCCAAACCUCGAUACUUAUCAUACCUUGGUGGCUCUGGAUACCAGCCAUAGGAAAAGUGCCACUGUGUUUGGAUACCCAAGUUGGGUAUAUAAAGCAACCUCCAUGAAGAAUGGCUACAUGUACUGUUUGAGAAGGCUGGAAGGAUACCGCCUAACAAAUGAGAGAGCCAUCCGCUCUGUGAAAGAUUGGCGACGAGUCAAUUGUGGAGGGGUCGUUUCUGUUGUCGAUGCUUUCACCACCCGGGCUUUUGGUGAUAGCUCACUCAUCUUCGUCACGAACUAUCAUCCCCUUUCAAAGACUUUGGUCGAGCACCACUUCACGAACACUAGUCGCUUCGGGAAUCGGGCCUCUCAGACUGUUCCUGAGCCUGUACUCUGGAACUAUAUUGUGCAAAUUGCCUCUGCUGUCAAAGCAGUCCACUCUGCAAAUCUAGCAGUCCGCUGUAUGGAUCCUAGCAAGGUCAUGGUUACGGACAAAGGCCGAAUACGAUUAGGUGCCUGCUCGGUCCUUGAUGUGGUACAAUUUGAGGCUCAGCGUCCCCUCGCCGAGCUUCAGCAGGAGGAUUUUAUUCAUUUCGGCAAGCUCAUACUAUCUAUCGCCACAAAUAAUCUCUCCGUAACCACAACACCCAAUCUUGCGCCUUUGGUGGAACAAUUGGCUCGUAAUUACAGCUCAGAGUUUCGUGACACGGUUGUGUGGCUUCUUACCCCCGCCCAAGCACCUGCAACUAAAGGCGUCGGAGAACUACUGAGUGGAAUCGCCACCCAUGUUGUUGACGCAUUUGAUAGCAGUCUUCACGCCAAUGAUACCCUAUACUCUGAACUUGCCCGAGAGGUGGAAAAUGGUCGCCUCGCCCGGCUCCUCAUGAAACUGGGUACGAUAAAUGAAAGACCAGAGUAUGAAGGAGAUGUGAACUGGAGCGAGACCAGCGAGCGGUAUAUUUUGAAACUCUUUAGGGACUAUGUGUUCCAUCAGGUCAACGCAGAAGGUCGGCCAGUCCUCGACAUGGGCCAUAUGGUCGCAUGCCUGAACAAAUUAGAUGCUGGAAGCCAAGAGAAGAUCAGCCUGGCGAGCAGAGACGAGCAGAGUGUCUUCGUAGUCACAUAUAGUGAGAUAAAGAAGCAGGUUAAUGCGGCAUGGUCGGAGUUACAGAAGCCAACUCGUCGUUAA